AUGCAGAACUCUGGCAAUGUCGCAAGGAGGGAUAUCGCCGCGGAGAGCUAUGCUGCUGCCCUGAAAUACCUUGAAAAUGAGUUUGAGGGCAAUUCCAAAGCCUUGACAUGGCUUCAAAAUGCAAAAUCGACGUCGCUUGAUGAUCUCCUCGGGAUUUCAAGGCAGGCCGAAGCAAAAUAUGAUCAGGCGGCACAAGGAAAACGCAGCGUGAAAGCAUGGAUCCGGGGCUUGUCCAAGCGAAUACUAUAUUAUGGACAGGUGCUCGACACGCUGUCUCAACACCAUCCUGAAUACGUCUCGCUGGUCUGGGGUAUGGUAAAGUUUGUUCUCAUGGGCAUCCUCAAUCAUGCCAAUCUUGUGACGCAAUUUGCGCAGGCACUAUCCAUAAUUGCGCAGGUCCUUCCGAGGACUGAAAUUAACGCAGAAUUAUACCAGACUGACGAAAUGAAAGAAGCCAUCGCAAGCCUAUACGCCCAUAUCCUGCUCUUCCUCCAGCAGGCUACAAAGUGGUACAAUGUCGGACCGGCAGGCCGAGCGCUCACAGCCCUGUUCAAGCCUUUUGAGCUUAGUUACAAGGAUACCGUUGAGCAAAUCAUGCUCUGUGCCCAGACGAUUGAUGACAUUUCGAGCCUGGCCUCGAGGGUAGAAAUCCGGGAGAUCAAGACGUUUCUUCAAGGAGAAAGCAAGCGACUCGAGGAACGAGAGACAAAGCUGCACGAAAUGCAAGCCCGAUUUCAUCAGGCUCAGGCAGAGCUUUCCGAAACCGUCGACAAGGUUCUUCAAAUAAUCACGAGCGAGAACAGGAAAAUCGAUCAAGUCCACCUCAACGUGAUGGACAUGAAGCCUAGACUUGUUGACAUGCACUUCAACCAUGUUCUGGGAGUCUUGAAACCAAAGCGGUCGCCUGAAGAUGCUCUUCAGAAGCACAGAUCCUUGAUACGGCGCUCAUCUCCAUGGCGGAGUCAGAAUCGAGACACCUUUGAGAUAUUUCAACGCCUUGGCCAGUGGAUCUCGGCACCAAAGACGUCCCUGCUCGUGCUGCAGGCACAACCUAGGGCACAGUCUCGAGUCAAGGAGAUUGCAACGCAGUUGAUUGGCACUCUCCAGCCCACCUCAAAGAGGGUCAUCUGGUACCUCUCAAGUAUCAGCUUUGCGGAUCUGGACGCGGUUUCCGCCAUCGAGGUCUUGCGGACUCUCGUGUAUCAGUCUAUGAAGCUGGAGCCAGGUCUGGUCAUCUCUCAACCCGAGAACUUCAACACGGCCAAGCUUCACGCCUCGCACACCGAGUCUGAGUGGUUUGACCUGCUGUGCUCCAUCCUGCGGCGACUGGCCACGUGUUUCAUCAUUGUCGAGGCCGAGGAUGUGUUUAGAGAUGAGGAGGAAGCCAACAAACUCGUCCAAGCUUUCGAGAUGCUAGCAGAUCGCUUUCAGAGCGCGGGCAUGGCCAUCAAGCUACUCCUGGUCAGCUACGGGCCGGUUCGGAGCAGAAAAGCCACGGAACAGCAAUCAAACUCGGGAGUCUUGGUCGUGGGUAAAGACUCGCCCGUACCUCCACGCCUCCGAAAACCUGGAUCUCGAUCACCCCAUCAAAGUGUAGGCUGGAACGGACUGGGCAGAAGGCUGUGA